AUGAGGUACAUGUUGAAGAAAUGGUCAACGGACAUGCUGGCGAUUUUCGAAACCCACGCCGGAGCAGAGAAGGCUGGAAGAAUCUGUCAAGGGUUAGGGUUUGAAAAUUCGUUUCGUGUGGAUGCGGUGGGGCAAAGUGGUGGUUUGUGGUUGUUAUGGAGGCACGGGAUUGGAGACGCAGAGGUUCUUCACUCGGCGGAGCAAUUAAUACAUGUAAGAGUGAAGAAGGAGGCCGAUGUGGUUCAUAUUAUUGUGGUGUAUGAAGCUCCUUCUGUGAGUCGCCGGAGUGGGCUCUGGAUGCAGCUUCGGGACUUGAUUCAGAUGGUGAAUGAACCUGUUAUUAUAGGGGGAGAUUUCAAUACGAUCGUACGAGUGGAUGAGAGAACUGGAAGUAACGGUCAACUUUCGCCGGAUUCUUUGGAGUUUGGUAACUGGAUCAAUGACACAAUGCUAAUAGAUAUGGGAUUCAAGGGCAACUGUUUCACAUGGAAAAGAGGCAAAGAUGAGAGGUUUUUUGUAGCGAAGAGAUUGGAUCGGAUUUUGUGUUGUGCUCAAGCACGCUUGAAGUGGCAAGAUGCCACAGUCACACAUCUACCGUUUCUAGCCUCAGAUCACUCGGCGCUGUAUCUACAGUUGGUGCCACCAGUGACUGGAAAUGCUCGGAGGAGGCCUUUCCGGUUUGAAGCGGCAUGGAUGAGUCACACGAGUUUCAGGGAGUUGCUUUCAGCGUCGUGGGAUCCGAAUAUUGACACAAGGAAAGCGUUGGCAAAAUUGGAGAAAGUGUUGAGAAAAUGGAAUAAGGAGAUCUUUGGGGACAUUAAAACCCGAAAGGAGAAACUCGUUAAGGAAAUUCAGGAGGUGCAAGAUGAGCUUGAGAGGCAUAGCUCGGAUGCUUUGCUCCAGCUGGAAGCUAAUCUAAUCAAAGAGUUUGAUGUUGUGCUAUAA